AUGAACACCUCCCAGCCCACCCAGUCAGAGUCAAGCCCUGCUGAGGGCACCAGAGGCCCUGCAGGGGAGCUGGCUUCAGUGGGCACUCAGGGAAAGAGCUCUCUGCUGGGCCAACGGCUGCCUUCCAUUGUGGUGGAGCCCAGCGAGGCAGGAGCUGUGGAGAGUGGGGAGCUGUGCUGGCUCCUGGAGGGUGCCCAGAGGAGGGGUGCUCCCAGUCAGGCUGCUGCUGCCCCUUCCUCGAGUCUCCUGGGAGCAUCAGGGAAGACCGCAGAUGAUUCUGGCUGUUAG